AUGUACUCUUCAUACAAGCAACGCAUCAUCACUUGGUUUUUCCUAAUCAUGAUUGUACUAUACAUCCUUUACUCUUCCAAUCUUCUCCUAUUAACCAAUAGCAAGAGAGAUUGUUCCACCUCCAUGCAUUUAUUAGAUUCCAACACAGAAGAGCAUCCUGAUAUGAGAGGUAACAUAUCAUCAACUAAAGCUGACAUUGAAAGAACAGUUGCUGAGGAGAAAGAAACGAGAGAGGACAAGAAAAUAAAGGAGAAAGAAGAAGAGAUAGAGGACGAAGAAGAAUUACCCCUUGAUCAGUUAUCUCAAAGACAGGAUUUGGAGCUUAAACACAUUGUCUUUGGGAUAGCGGCAUCAUCCAGUUUGUGGGACACAAGAAAAGAAUACAUCAAGGUGUGGUGGAAGCCUAAUCAAACUAGAGGGGUGGUGUGGCUGGAUAGUAGAGUGAGGACUCGGCCAAAUGAGGGAUUACCAGAGACUCGAAUUUCCGGGGACACCACGAAAUUCAAAUACACGAAUCGACAGGGGCAAAGAUCUGCUUUGAGGAUUUCAAGGGUGGUAACAGAGACAUUGAGGCUGGGGCUGAAGGAUGUGAGAUGGUUCAUGAUGGGAGAUGAUGACACAGUGUUUAUAGUGGAUAAUGUGGUGAGAAUUCUUUCCAAGUAUGAUCACACCCAGUUUUAUUAUGUUGGGAGCUCAUCUGAAAGCCAUGUUCAGAACAUACAUUUCUCAUAUUCCAUGGCAUAUGGUGGAGGAGGAUUCGCUAUAAGCUACCCAUUGGCCAAGGAGCUUGCAAAUAUGCAAGAUCGUUGCAUUCAGCGAUACCCUUCUUUAUAUGGUAGUGAUGACAGAAUGCAAGCUUGCAUGGCUGAGCUAGGAGUGCCAUUAACCAAGGAAACAGGAUUUCACCAGUAUGAUGUGUAUGGGGAUCUCUUAGGCCUUCUAGGGGCACAUCCUGUGACCCCAUUAGGGUCAUUGCACCACCUUGAUGUAGUGCAACCGAUAUUCCCAAAGAUGACCAGAGUUCAAUCCCUGAGGCAUCUAAUGGAGUCUGUGAAGCAAGACUCAGGUAGCAUAAUGCAACAAUCAAUCUGCUAUGACAAGAAAAGACAUUGGUCCAUCUCCGUUUCAUGGGGCUAUGUGGUUCAAAUUCUGAGGGGAGUGUUAUCCCCUAGAGAGCUAGAGAUGCCAACUAGAACCUUCCUCAACUGGUACAGAAGAGCUGAUUACACUGCAUACGCAUUCAACACAAGGCCAGUGACUAAAAACCCUUGUCAGAAAGCGUUCCUUUUCUACAUGAACAAAACAAGACAUGAUCCAGCCAGGAAGCAGAUUAUAGGCACUUAUUCUCGCUACAAAUCUAAACCUCCUCAAUGCCGGUGGACAAUGCAGUCACCGGAGGAAAUCGAUACCAUCAUAGUUUCAAAAAGACCAGACACUCUUCGCUGGCAAAGGUCACCAAGGAGGGAUUGUUGUAGAGUUCAACCAUCAAGAAAGAGCUCAACUAUGUACAUAUGGGUGGGAAAUUGUCGAGAGGGCGAGGUUAGUGAUUUGUGAUUCUCUAAGGUGAAAAUUGAGCUACCAAAUU